CACACCAAGAUCUCUCAGUGUCGGCCAGGCAGCCCCAGCGUCAAGGAUGGAUUCCUCUCGUCGCGCUCGCAGCGACGUCGGCGGCGACGGCCACGGCGACACUUUAUAGCGCGGUGUGCACUCUCCUGGCUGUUGUCUCGCCGACUGCUUUAAAUACCGUGCCCCAGCAGCCGCACAAUGAGAAGAGACGACGUCGACGGCAGAGUCGAGUCGGCGCUGGCGGCGCAGACGGUCGGUCGAUCGCGGUGACUGCUGGCAGCAACUGAUCGCCUCGUCGCGCGAUGGACGUGCAAAAGAAAUUUCUGUGCCCCCGGCUGGUCGACUAUCUGGCCAUCGUGGGGGCGAGGCCAGCGGCGCAAUCCGCCAAACAGUCCAUACAGGUGCCGGAACUGCUGCGAAGAUACCCCGUAGAGGACCACAAGGACUUUCCCCUGCCGCUGGACAUGGUGUACUUUUGCCAGCCGGAGGGCUGCAACGUGGUCGGGCCGAGGCGCACGGCGCUGCGCGAGGCCAACUCGUUCACCUUCACCCUGACCGACAAGGACUCCGGCAAGACGCGCUACGGCGUCUGCGUGAACUUCUACCGGCCGGUGGAGAGGACGAGCGCCAACGGGGCGCAGCAGAUCGGCUUCCGCAGGGACAGGCAGAGCGGCAACUUCCGGCGGGAGAACUGGCGCAAGAGCAUGGAGCGGAGCUCCGACUCGGCGUUCUCGAGCGACUACAGGAGCAGCGCGAUGGGCCCGAGCGACUCGGAGCGGGAGUGGCCGAGCGGCAGGCGCGAGCCCGAGCAGCAGGCGAGCGGCGCGCCGGCCGGCCACGCGCCGCGGCUAGGCGUGACGGCGCCGAGCGCCGACAGCGAGAGCGGCGGCAGCCACUCGCCGUCGCCGCGCGCCUCGCGCCGACACAAGAGGACGAGGAGCCACUCGCUGACGUCGCUCUGCCUCGUCUCGCACCACCCGUUCUUCUCCACCUUCCGCGAGUGCCUGCACGUGCUCAAGCGGCUGAUCGACGCGUGCAACGAGACCUCGCAGCCGCAGAGGCUCGGCGGCUCGCGGCAGCACAGGGACAUGAACGUCUGGUCGGUGCUCACGGGCCUGAGCCUCGAGGGCGCCUCGUCGAUCGUGCUGCACGACGUGCGCGAGAUCGAGACCUGGAUACUGCGGCUGCUGAGCGCGCCCGUGCCGGUCCCGGCCAAGACCCGCGUCGAGGUGGAGAUCCUGUCGCCGAGCCUGCAACCGGCGCUCUGCUUCGCCCUGCCCGACCACACCAGGUUCACGCUCGUCGACUUCCCGCUGCACCUGCCCAUCGAGCUGCUCGGCGUCGACAUCUGCCUGAAGGUCCUCGCGCUGAUACUGCUCGAGCACAAGGUGCUGCUGCAGUCGCGCGACUACAACGCGCUGUCCAUGUCGGUGAUGGCCUUCGUGACGAUGAUCUAUCCGCUGGAGUACAUGUUCCCGGCGAUCCCGCUGCUGCCCACCUGCAUGAGCUGCGCGGAGCAGCUGCUGCUCGCGCCCACGCCCUUCGUCAUCGGCAUCCCGGCCUCCUUCCUCAUGUACAAGAAGAACUUCCGGCUGCCCGACGACGUCUGGCUCGUCGAUCUCGACAGCAACAAGAUCGAUCCGCCCACGGGCCUCGGCGACAACCUGCCACCGCUGCCCGAGCCCGAGGCCUCCAUCUUGAAGAAUCACCUGCUGCAGGCAAUGCAACUGAUGGAUCAAGCGGGCACUAAUGCAAUGAACAGCAUGUCGAUGCCUCAAGCCCACCUAGCCACGCCGGCGAACGUUGCCCAGGCGGCGACGCCCCAGAGCCGUCGGGAGAGCACGGCCUCGCACCACUCGACUCUAAGCGUGUCGUCGGCGAAGCACCGGCCGAGCCUCGACCAGGGCCAGCACCAUUCGCCGCUGAGCUCGCCGGGCAGCUCGUCGCCGCGCCGCCCGUCGCUGGCGAUCGGCGGCCCCUCCAAUCCGCCGUCGCAGAAGGUCUCGCCCCAGGCCGCCUUCAAUCCGUUCAUCUACGGCAACGACGUCGACUCGGUGGACGUGGCGACGCGCGUGGCGAUGGUCCGCUUCUUCAACUCGCAGAACCUGCUGGCCAACUUCACCGAGCACACGCGCACGCUGCGCCUCUACCCGCGGCCGGUGGUCGCCUUCCAGAUCAACUCGUUCCUGAGGUCGCGGCCGCGCACCAGCCAGUUCCUCGACCGGUUCGCGCGCACCCAGGCCGUGGAGUUCCUCGCCGAGUGGUCGCUGACGCCCAGCAACGUGGCCUUCCUGAGGGUGCAGACCGGAGUCUGCGACCCGGCGCAGAUCGGCGACAAGGCCAAGUGGUUCGCGCCCUCGCUGGAGCCCAUCAACUUCGCCGUGUGGGAGGCGAGCAGCAGCUCGCUGGUGAACGCGCUGAAGGCCAUGAGGGAGAUGGAGGGCCAGCCGACGGACGAGAGCGGCUCGGACUCGGAGGGCGCGGGCAGCACGAGCUCGUCCUACUCGUCGCUGAGCGACUUCGUCUCGGAGAUGGCCAGCUCGGACCUGUCACCGAUGACGCAUCCGGCGCCGAUGGCCUUGUCGAUCGACCCGAAGAACAUCUACACGCCGCCCAGCUCGCUGCAAUACCCGGGCGCCGAGGAGGAGGAGACGCGCGAGCGCCCGGAGACCCCGGCGAGCUCGUCCUCCAGCCGAAGCGACAGGAGCAGCCCGACUGGCAAUCGCGAUUCCGAGACCGAGCACGACGACAAGGCCGACGAUGCGCCGCCGAUAGAUCCGAGCACGCUGCAGCGCCAGCCGAGCGUGGGCAACGUGCUCGCCCGCACGGCCAGUUUCAGCUCGCCGACGAUGAACCCGCUGCUGGCGCGCCAGUCGACCGCGACGAGCGUCGAGAGCGGCUCGCACAGUCUGCCGCGCCAGGCGUCCCGCCAGCAGCAGUCGCCGACGGUGGCGCGGCAGAGCAGCUCCGGCAGCCAGGGCAGCCCCGGCAGCAGCAACGGGGUCUUGCGCCAGGGCUCCCAAGGAUCGCUGCUCGAGCAGCUCGCCAGCCAAGCCAAGGACUUGGUCAGGGAGACCACGAGGCAGAGCAGUCAGGACGGCCUGCUCGCUCACAUGGACAAGCUCAAGCACCAAGCGAAGGAAAAGAUCGUGGAAGCCGGAGAGGACAGUCUGUUCGCGCCCCUCGAGCAGCUCACGCAGCAGACGAAGAAGGCGAUGGGCGAGGCGACCAAGUCGGUGCAGGAGGCGAGCAAGAGCGCGCUGGAGGCCAGCAAGACCGCGGCCGGGGUGAGCAAGAACACGCUGGACGACCUGACCUACGUGGGCAAGAGCACCUUCGGCGACCUGACGAAGAGCGCCAAGGAGGCCGCCGCCAAGAAGGGCCUGCUCAAGGGCUUGGGCGACUCGCAGUCGUCACCGCCGCCCUCGCCGCCCGGCGGACUAGUGCCGCAGCGGAGGGACUCGGGCUCGCAGCUCGCCACGCCGGACAGUCGAUCGGGACGGCGCGAGAUCGGCCGUGACUUUUUCAGUAAUCUCGGCAGCGACUUCAACGGCAUCGCCGAGCAAACGAGCAGCAUGUUCAGCGGCUUGUUCGGCGGCGGCAAGGGCAGCGCCAGGGGCGCGAACGCGUCGCCGCAGCAGAGAGCCAAGGAGAAGUCGAUCUUCAAUCCGUUCCCCAAAGCUAAGGGAUCGAACCUCGUGGAACGGUCGUCGCUGAUCAAGCACACGUCGGCGCGGAACCAGGAGGAGCUGCGGAGGCAGCAGAACGCCGAGAGGACGAAUACCAAUUCGGACAAUCAGGCGUUCCUGAUCGACAUCAUCAAUCAGGUGAUGGCCGGCGAAGGGGUCGGCUGGCUGAAGCUCAACAGACUGAAGAAGCUGAUGGAGGACGAGAGCUACCGAGACUUGAUGGUGACCAAGCUGAACCGAGGCCUCAACCGGAAGAUCAGCCCCGACGACCGCAUCGACGACGUGUGCCUCAGCAAAGCCGUCUACAAGGGGAUGCUCAAGUGCCUUCAAGCGGUGGCGCACGGGCUGGCCGUGACCUACUCCAACUUCGGCCUCGGCGGCACGGCGUCGGUGUUCCAAAUGAUGGAGAUAGCGCACACCCACUACUGGAGCAAGGAUCUGUCGGAGAGCGGCUUCGACAGCUCGCUCAUGUCGCAGGCCUCGAGUCCGUUCGGCAGCCGCGAGAACCUGGCGUCGCCGCAGUCGCCCAACCACCAGUCGGCCCACGAGCCGCCGUCGCAGAGGGCGCACUCGCAGGAGCCGGCGCCCGGGCCGCAGCCGCCGCAGCUACGCCUGGAGCGGCCCCACUCGCAGAGCAGCGGCGACGACAACCAGUCGACCGCCGACAUGUUCCUCGACAUGUUCAGCAUGAAGAACAAGAAGUUCCUGCUGAACAGGCUGACGUCCUUCGACAGCGAGGCCAAGGGCGGCGGUGGCGGCGGCGGCGGCGGCGCCGGAAGCGGGCCGGCGGGCAGCAACGACGCUCUGUCGACGGACUGCGGCAGCAUCACCACCAACCCGGCCUUCCGCAUGGGCCACCAGGCGUCGUUCCGCAGCACGGUGUCCGACAGCGAGGUGGAGCAGGGCAACUUCCCGCGGCAGGUGAAGCAGCGCACGGCCAGCGUGUGGUCGAGCAGCAGGUCGUCGCUGAGCAAGCUCGGCGCGGCCGGCGGAGCGCUCGUGCCGUCCACCGGCAGCCCCAGCCCGGAGGCCGCGCGGACCUACCUGUUCGAGGGUCUUCUGGGCAAGGAGCGCUCCGCGCUCUGGGACCAGAUGCAGUUCUGGGAGGACGCCUUCCUGGACGCCGUGUCGCAGGAGCGCGACAUGAUCGGCAUGGACCAGGGCCCCGGCGAGAUGAUGGAGCGCUACAAGACGCUCAGCGACAGCGAGAGGCGCCGGCUGGAGCACGAGGAGGACCGGCUGCUCUGCACCCUGCUGCACAACCUCACGGCGAUCCUGGUGAUGCUGAACGUCGACAAGCGCGACAUCAGGCAGAAGAUACGCCGGCUCCUCGGCAAGAGCCACAUCGGCCUGAUCUACAGCCAGGAGCUCAAUACGCUGCUCGAUCAGAUCAAGGACCUGAACGGCAACGACAUCGACCUCAAGCCGCUCACCUCGCGCCAGAUGCACCGCCAGUCGUUCACCGUGCACGCCGACGGGGCCGCCGACGGCGACCUCCGCUUCCUCGAGGUGCGCCACGACGGCUUGGUGCUGCGCUCCGUCAACGGGGUCAUCGUCGAGCGCUGGUGGUACGAGCGACUCGUCAACAUGACCUACAGUCCGCAGACCAAGAUCCUCUGCCUGUGGAGGCGCAACAGCGGCCAAACCCACCUGCACAAGUACUACACUAAGAAGUGCAGAGAUCUGUAUUACUGUAUAAAAGACGCGAUGGAGAAAGCCGCGUCGCGCGGUCGCGGCGCCAACAUGGACGCCGAACUCGGCGGCGAGUUCCCCGUCCAAGACUUAGUCACCAAUCAGGGUGGCCUCUUGCAGGUCUGCAUGGAGGGCAUCGGCCUCCUCUUUGCCAACAGCAAGGAUUUCGAGUUUUUUCUAAGACUCGAGCAUAUCCGCAAGUGCUUUACUCAGAAGGGUGGGAUCUUCAUUUUGGAAGAGUUCAAUCCUAAGACUAGACAAAUAAUUCAACGUAAAUAUAAGUCUCAAAUGGCGGAUCAAAUCUGCUACUCGGUGCUGUGUUUAUUCUCGUACGUGGCAACAGGCACAUACCAAUCAAAGAAGUGCCAGCAACAACUUCCGUCGAUGAGCCCACGACCAUCAACCAGCAUCAGUCAGCAGCAGCAGCCACCAAGACGAAACUCCCAAGGGGAGUCUCAUCCGCCAAGCCAUCACUGACACAAAGGCAGCAGGCAUUCCUUACCCUUCGUGCACAAUUACGAGAGUUGCGCACCUUACGCUUGCUUACCCUGGGUGUGAAUAUACAAUUGUGCCCCCGUUCCCCACUCCACCCAUCAUUUAUCUCAUCUGUAAACCACUGCUUUUCAUUUAUGCACUUGUUUCGAAAAAGGUGUACGCGUAAUGUUGUUAUAGUUCAUUUUGUCCUAGUCUCCUUUCUUGUUUUUGUUUUCUCACUUAAUUCGUUCCUUUGUUACGUUUUAGCAUGAUGAAUUGUAACAAGUGUUUUGGGUAAUGAAAAAGACAAUUAUUCAAUUAGUAUACUGUAUUCGUUUUGACAUGAAUAUUUAUUCACGUUCAUUUUACGAGAUUUACUAUUUGUUUUUAUUUGUAUAAUCGCGCGACACCGAUGCACAUUAUAUAAAGAUGAGAUAAACAUACCUAUGAGCAAUGCUAUUUUUAAAGUUGAAUUAUAUAUUCAAAAGUAGAGAAAGAGAAUCAGUGAAUCGAGAGCUUGUAAGAUGUCGAAUUAGUGUUUGAUGGGCAAAAAUUAUUUUGCUUCGCUGAUUCUCAAAGCUUUAUAAACGUACAAUUUUAGGCCGUGUAAAUGUUAUAUAAUACUAACUAGCAGUCGCGGUUGAGUGAAUUAAAAAAAAAACAAAACAAAACAAAACAAAUAAGGUAUCAAAACGAUGAAAAAAAGAGAACAAAUCACGAGCGCAUCUUAAAACACACAUACAAAGCUUGAUUCUUCAGUUCAGGCAAUCAUCAAAUAGUGAAAGUAAUCAAAAGACAAUACAACUUUGAUAAAAUCGAAUGUUUUCUGUGACAAAAGCAGAACUUGUUUGCGAAUCCUUUGAAAAGUAAAUAAACAAAUCAAUUUAUGUGCUGCUUCAAGGGGAUUCGAUGAAUUGCUAGAAAAUAAAAGGAAAAUAAUUUUUUUUCAUUCAUGCGCACUUUUAAAAAAGAACAAGGUUUGAAUUGAAAUACGUCGGCCAGAAGAUUGAACAGUUACCAAAUCCAUUACGAACGUCAAGUUACAAUGACAAAAAGAUUUAUUUUACUUUUUAUUUUCCAUAUUCUUUCAGCUAAUGUAUUUUUAAAAGUGAAAUGGAAAUGUAACAAUAUGGGAAACUUUGAUCGUUUGUAAGAUAUAAAUGAACAUGUUAUUUAUUUUAAAAGAAACAUUUUCUACUUGAUUAAUUUAUAAAUCUUGAUACGUUGUGUCGUAAAAGAACAAGAAUUGUAAAUAAUGACGAUGAAUCAUGUAUGUAUAUGAUAAAAAGAGCAUGGCUUGAAAUGAACAAAAGAAAUCACGUCUUUAAAAAAAAGAAACUAAAGCAAUACAGUUUGAAUAUACGAUAGUUUCAAAAUUCGUAAUCAUACUUACCCUACAAUGUUUUGGGUAGUAAACUAAAUGUUUCGAAUUAUUUUAUUUAAAUUUUUGAUUUGCAAUUUAAAUAUUUAUCAAUUAUUAUAAGUGAGAAUUUUAUUAAAUAUUGGCUUUUAUGAGAUCUACAUUGUGAAAUUCAUUUCAACUAUAAGAAAUGUUUAACCGCUAUUUAUCCAUAUAUAUUUUAAAAACUUAUUUUCAAUUAUUAAUAGAUAUUUAAAUAAUUAAUUCGAAUGUCAAGUUCAAUGUGGCGUGCAAUGUAUCUACAAUUUGUAAAAAAAGCUGCAAAAUAGAAACUGAAAGAUUAUCCUAAAUAACUUGGAGUGUUUGUAAAUAUGUAUAUUUUUCGUAAGGUGCAUACAUUCACAUUCCGAACUAUCUACAUGCGUUGAUCGUUUGAUUAUUAAUUAUGCAAUGAAUUCAUAUCCCCCGAAUGAGAGACCAACAAAUUCUAGUGUGUAUAAUUAUUAGUCGUUAUACUACAAAAAAUUGAGAGAUAUAGAAAAAUAAAACAUUUCAAAACAUCCUGCAUCGUUUAAUCGUUAUUUCUAUUUUUUUCAGAAAACAUCAUUUAUAUUAUUAGUUUGCAUGUUAUGGAAUUCAUAAAAAAAUAGAAAGCUUACAUGUUGGGUAUGAGGUAUGAGAUUUCUAUAUUUUCAAAAUUCUACAGAGGUCAACAUUUCAGACAGAAAAUAAACGAAGAUAUGAUGUCAAAUGUAUUUUCAUCCGUAAAAUUCGAAUUUGAAGUUCUUCUAAUCGACCCAAGUAUUUAGCUUCUAUUACUGUAAUCGUAUUCGAUGAUUACAGUUGAUCGAUGUUAAAAUCGUAGAAUUAAGAUGUGUGUACACUGUUAGGAUAUUCACUUAUU